UCUCCGCAACAGAGUUGCAGAAUUCAGACAAAUGUAAAAACAGAAAACCUCUCUAAAACCCUCUCAUAUGCAAUCUUUUCAAAACUCUCAGAAUGCAAAUUUCAUUACCCAUUUCACCCUCCAAAAUCCCAUCAAUUUUCCCAUUCAACCAUCCAAUUACUCCCCAUCAACUCCCCAUCCAUACCCAUAUCCCAAGACCUUCAAACUCCCCAACUUCCAUAAAAUCAACCAACUAUUUAUCAGCACUUGGCCGUGUAAUUGAGGAAGAAGAAGAGUACAGAAAGGCCCGGGCCGCGGUUACCCGUAAAGGUGUGGACUUGGAAGGUUACUCCAUUGAAGGACUCUCAAUUGGUGGCCAAGAAACUUGCUUGAUUAUACCUGAAUUCAAGUGUGCUUUUGAUAUUGGUAAAUGCCCUUCAAGAGCUAUUCAUCAGAAUUUUGUGUUCAUAACUCAUGCCCAUCUUGAUCACAUUGGUGGUUUGCCGAUGUAUGUGGCUAGUCGUGGUUUGUACAACUUAAAGCCUCCGACAGUAUUUGUGCCGGCUUGUAUUAAAGAUGAUGUAGAGAAGCUGUUCGAUAUCCACAGGUCUAUGGGACAAGUGGAGUUGAAUUUUGAGUUAGUUGCAUUGGAUGUCGGUGAAACGUAUGAAUUGCGUAAUGAUGUUGUGGUCAGACCAUUUAGAACUCAACAUGUUAUACCUAGUCAGGGCUAUGUCAUAUAUUCUGUUAGAAAGAAGUUGAAGAAACAAUACAUGCAUCUGAAAGGCAAACAGAUUGAAAAAUUGAAGAAGUCUGGUGCCGAGAUUACGGAUAUAAUGUUAUCUCCAGAGGUGGCUUUUACUGGAGAUACUACGGCAGAGUACAUGCUUGAUCCACGUAAUGCAGACGCAUUGAGAGCAAAGAUUCUGAUAACUGAGGCCACUUUCCUGGAUGAAGGAAUAAGCAUUGAACAUGCUCGUAAACACGGUCAUACUCAUAUACUUGAGAUAAUUGAAAAUGCUGAAUGGAUUCGCAAUAAGUCUGUUCUGCUGACUCAUUUCUCCUCUCGUUACAGUGUAGAGGACAUUCGUGGAGCUAUAAUGAAGUUGCAAUCCAAGGUAUCAGCAAAAGUUGUCCCUUUAACAGAAGGUUUCAAAUCUGAAUACUCCUAAAAGCUUCAAUUUUUUCUCACUAAAUUGUAGAAAGUUGUUAACACUCUUUGUAUUUUUUAUGUAAAAUGUUAUUGGUGGCUUCAAAUAUUAACUGCAUGAAAUGAAAUGAAAUUUUUUUAAGCUUUCAAUAACCGAUACAGAAAGCUUGAUCAAA